AUGUUUGUUGUGCUGGAAGGACUGGCUGGACAUGACGAGCUUUUAGACAGUAAUGCAUGUAGUGAUAGUAGUAGUGAUAAUAGGAGUGACAGUAGUAGUGACAGUAGUAGUGACAGUAGUAGUGACAGUAGUAGUGACAGAAGUAGUGACAGUAGUAGUGACAGAAGUAGUGACAGUAGUAGUGACAGAAGUAGUGACAGUAGUAGUGACAGAAGUAGUGACAGUAGUAGUGACAGAAGUAGUGACAGUAGUAGUGACAGAAGUAGGGACAGUAGUAGUGACAGAAGUAGUGACAGUAGUAGUGACAGUAGUAGUGACAGAAGUAGUGACAGUAGAAGUGACAGUAGUAGUGACAGAAGUAGUGACAGUAGUAGUGACAGUAGUAGUGACAGAAGUAGUGACAGUAGUAGUGACAGAAGUAGUGACAGUAGUAGUGACAGUAGUAGUGACAGAAGUAGUGACAGUAGUAGUGACAGAAGUAGUGACAGUAGUAGUGACAGUAGUAGUGACAGUAGUAGUGACAGAAGUAGUGACAGUAGUAGUGAUAAUAGUUACUAG